AUGCUUUCACCUUCAUUCCCGUCUGCGUCCCCUUCUCCGAACGACAAUGCCCGUCGUAAGACCCGACGUCGGCCCCAUACCGAACUGAAUAUCAACACAAACACUUCCUCCCUUGCCUCUCCGUCGCACAGGGAAAGGGACGGCAUUCCACAGCCGCGCACGCCGCCGCCUCACGAUUCAGAAUACCGGAGAUCUAAGUCAAAGUCAAGACCAAAGAAUACCAACAACCGGGCGCCUACAAGGCCAUCCACCUCCAACGUUUACGCGCAUGAGUCGUUUCUAGAGAACGCUACUCCCGUCGAGGACGAUAUGGCCGACCGCCUACCACCGACUAACAACAACCGCGAUUCUCACGACUUGUCGCUCUCUCCACGAAACGUUACUCGAGACUCUCUUGUGGCUAAUAUGCUCAUGUCCCUUGACCAAUUUUCUAUGGCACAGUUGAGCGACAAGUACGGCCCAUCAUCAUCCAAUCCCGGUUCGCAUUCACAUACCUUUGACGAGACCUCAUCUCAGCAUAUCGCCGCCGAGCAAACCAGAAGCUGGGUAGCCUCCAAUUCUGUCGCAGCCUCAUCCCGAUCCAACGGGCACCAAUACUCCUAUAGCUCGGACCUCGAGGGCGCAGACGAUUCCAGUCGUAUAUCUAGUCGCGGCCGACGAAGUAACAGCAGCUCCAAUUUCCAAUCCAGCUAUCCACGUCUUAAUAGUGUACGAGAGGGUCACAGAGCAGGCUCAUCGAGAGCCAUGCAUUCAAGAGGGGGCAAACCGGGCAGCAAAAGCAGCAGUACAGCUAGUGUCGAUGCUGGAUACGCUCAGGUGUUAGGGAGUCAACGUUACGGACGUGGGUUUGGGCGGUCAGCAAGCUUUGACUAUGGUCCCCAGCAGCAAUCCUCUCCAGCGCCAGCCCCAGUUAUCGAACCGUCCCCGUUUCGAGUUGAGUUCCCGAAUAGUUACAUCGACGACGACGAGUACGAUGCUGCCCCGACACCCAAUGUCCCAGGCGGCCCACGCCGGCAACCGUCGAUCCCUACGAUGUCUAAAUCCGCGUCUAUCCCACCACCGCUGCCACCAGCCCCUCUCGAGCCUCCUACCCUUGAUCACAAACGAAGCAGCCGGUCUCUGAAGAGCUCAUCGGGACGCAAAGCUGCUGCUUCGCGGGAACCGGCACCCGCCAUGCCAGCAUUGGACCUUGAUUCGGCACCUGCACCCAACGUCGGCUAUGGUAAAUCCAAGGAGGCCGUGCACAGCGGCCCAACGCCAACAUCACAUGCAGCUGCACCCGCCAAAGAGCGCCCAGGGUUUUUUAGAAGAGUGUUUGGCUCCUCGCGUAACAACUCACACAAUAGCAACGAAUCAGCAAAUACCCCAGCACCCCAGCCAACUCCUACUGUAGAUACCACCAAGGUGGCUGGUAACGCCUCGACGCCACCAUCUCGAGAUACGUCUUCAUCACAUUCUCAUCAUCCUGCCUUACAAAAGAAGCCAUCUUCUUUCUUCCGACGACGUAAGAAGUCUGUCACUGAAGACACUCCCCCAAUUCCAGCAAUGCCUACGCCGCCUAUCCCCACGGCUACACCCAACUUGGCACCACAGGAUAGAGAUCUGAACUUCCCGCCAAACCCAAGCCCUGUCAGCAGUUUACGCAAGGUUAUGAAUCCGUAUCUUCGAACUGGCCAGGGUGCACCAGGUACUUCUGGCUCUCAAGGGCCAUCUCCAUCUCCCCUUGCCGAUAUCUCUAAUAUGACACCGGAACGAGAUGAUAGGGCAAUGGACCAAGAUGAGUAUAAGAGGGAGUUCUCACCUGAUUAUUCGCCAAGCCCCAAUGCUAGAAUUAGAACCGUCAAAUCCGAGUCCAACGAUCAACUUUCGAAACGGCAUCUGGCUGACGGCACACCUUCCCGUCCACCACCUGAAAGGCCUACGAAAGCUUUUGAAUCACGGAAUAACUCUUUCCUCAAUCUUGAUGGGGGUAGUGAUAUCGAGGAUGAGCAUGGUAUAACAGGCCUCAAGUUUUCGAGUAUAUCCAAAACCAAACCAAAGCUGUCUGAAAGAAAGUCUCAGCGACCAGAGCAGUCUGACUCGGAGGAUGAACCAGACCGCGCCAACCUGGCUCUGCCUAUCGAAGGAGCUCGUGCCUCUAGUCCGGGAUCAGCUUCAACUGGGACAGAUUAUAAGUCUGCUCUCAGUGCUCCUCCCAGCGUGAGAAUUGAAAGCUCAGCAGAUCCCAGUCCCAAGGUCCUUGGCACUUUUGAUUCGAUCAAGAACAAGGGUAUUGACGAACCUGAGUUUGUCAUUGGUGACCCAACUGAAGAUGAUCGCCAGAAAGCACAGAAGAUCUACGAUGGCAAUGAGGACUUUAUCCAGAAGGAGAAAGCUGCUUCAUGGAUGGGCGAAGAAGGCCCGAUCCGACAACGGACACUGCAAGCCUACAUGGAGUUGUAUGACUUUACCAGCCAGAGCAUUGUUCAAGCUUUGCGGCAAGUGUGUGAACGAUUGGUUUUCCGAGCAGAGACGCAGCAAGUCGAUCGUAUCUUGGUGGCCUUUUCCAAGAGAUGGUGCGACUGCAACCCCAACCACGGGUUCAAGGCAACGGAUGUCAUCCACACUAUUUGCUACUCGAUUAUGCUUCUCAACACUGAUCUUCACUUGGCCGAUAUUGAGCACAAGAUGACCCGUAGCCAAUUCAUCAAGAACACCAUGGCAACCAUCUUGCAGGCCGUUGACGAAUCAGCGCCUGAUGCUUUCCAACGUUCGAGUAUUCUUCCAGAUAAGAACGGCUUCUCAAAUGGAGACAACCAACCUACCGAACAAGAGAAGAAAUCUUUCAGAAACUCUUUCAGGCCACCGGCUCGUGCUGACUCUGGUACUCUGCCUGGAGAAGGCAUUGAAGAUUGUGGGCCCUUAGUCAAGUCACGCUUUAGCGGAACCAGAAAGGCUUGGGAGGAACAGAUAGAAACUGUUCUCAAAGGCAUUUACAACUCUAUCAGAGAUGAACGGCUGCCAUUGUUCGGUGCUGAAUCUGAAAAGAACGCCACCUUGCAGCCUUCCAAUAGUGGAGGUCUUUCUGUAAUGGGAAUGCUCAAGAGAACUCCGAGUGUCCUUAGCAAGGCUCCCUCGGAGAGCCAAUUGUCUGUUCGUGGUCGUAUCAAUGAGAAUGGCAAAGCCAACUCGGCUAGAUGGGCUUCAAAGAGUCGAUCACGCGCUGCUAUGAGUCGUAACGGCUUCUCUUCCAGCCGGACUAGUUUUGACGACGGAAAUUCGUUGUGGAGUCCCACAGGCUCCUCAGCUACUUGGAGCCGUUACUCCCUAGGCAGGACCCAAACAUCCGUAUCCCAGGAUUCUUUUGGCUCAGCUCUUCGUGGCGAUUACCAACAAUCAAUUGGCUUUGCUAACGCGCUGAGUCAAGCUAUCAUCCGAGAUGAGGAAAUUUAUGGGGAUGGAGCUCCCUCUAUCAUGAGCUCGGAUCUUCCCGCCACACAGCUCCUUGAAGAUGAGUCGCUCGAACUUGCCGGACCUCCAUGGGUCAAGGAAGGAAUGGUAACCCACAAGCAUCAUCUGGAUGGCGUGGACAAGAAGGCCAAAGCCAGGAACUGGUCAGAGGUCUUUGCUGUGAUCCAGAAGGGACAGCUAAAUCUGUUCUCCUUCCAACCAAACAAAUCUGUUCGCGCGAAGAACCGUGGCAGAAAUCCCCGCGGAGGACCUGUUCUUGUUGGUGGUGGCAAUUGGCAAGACAACGCAACGAAUCUGGGCUGCUAUAACCUUCGACAGACUCUCGCGUCCACCCUCCCACCACCUGGUUACUCAAGAGCUCGACCACAUGUGUGGGCUUUAAGCCUCCCUAACGGCGCGGUUCACCUAUUCCAAGUGGGCACACCCGAGAUUUGCAAGGAAUUUGUUACGACUGCAAACUAUUGGAGUGCUCGAUUGAGUACCCAUCCAUUGACUGGUGGUAUAAGUAACAUCGAGUAUGGAUGGAGCGAGGCCAUCGUCAAUAACGCAUUGGUAUCGGCCAUCAACGAGACAGCACCAGGCAAAACUUCGCGCCCCGGAAGCAGCGCAGCACACCACCGAAAAUCGAGUGCCAACAGUGGAAGCUUCCGAGGAUCAAGCUUCGAUCAUGUCGCAGGUGCUUUCACCAACAACAGUGGACGUGGCAAGCUCCCAGGCGAUCGUAUUCACAUUGCGGAAUGGGCGCCUCCUACCCAGAGCAUGCGUCCCAGCAAUCAACCAGAAGCCGAACAACUUCAGACUUUGGAUACAUACGUCAAGGGAAUUGAGGCAGAGCUUCAGUCGCAUAACCGGCUCCGCAGCCCCAUGCUUCUGGCAUUUACUCCUAGAGGCAGCAAUGCCGUGAAGGCCAUGGCCAACUGGGAGCGCAAGAGCGCAUAUUUACUCCGCGAGAUCGUCAAGUUCACAACAUAUGUGGACUGCCUUCAGCAAGCUGAGUCAAGGAAGCAAGAGAUUUACCAUGAGAGAGACCUAGCGCAACGAGCUGCGCGAGGUGAACUCAGCGAAGGCGACAUGGACGUCAGCAGCGACGAUGAAGGAGAUUUAACACUGAGACCCUAA